AUGACUUUCGAUAAGCUUCUGUGCCAUCUCUGCUCGAAACAGGCAGAUACACAAGGAAAAUUGAAUCGACAUUUGAAAACACAUACCAAGCCCUUUCGUUGCGAAACGUGUCAAAAAGGAUUUGCACUCCGCCUAGACCUCGGUCGUCAUGUCAAAGCUCGACAUCGUGCUGGUAACGAACAGUAUCGUUGUCACGUCGAGGAAUGUAUAUUCACGUCGAAUCGCAAGGACAACCUCAGAAGGCAUCAGGCUAAAUUCCAUGGUGCUGCAUUGCUGGGUAGUGCGGUCAAGAAGAGCGGGAAGACAACCUCGUCGCCGCAGUCAUCGCACCUGUCGUCUGAUAAACUCGGUUCUUCACAGCUAUAUAGCGAGUCGAACUUCAUGCAAGUAGCUGCAUCAGGCAAUUUGACUAGACUGAAAACCUUCCUAGAUGCAGGCUUAACAGUUGAGACAAGAGCGGAUGAUCAUUCCACUGCGCUCCAUUGCGCUGCUAGAGCUGGUCAAGCAGGGGCAGUCGAAUGUCUGCUUCUAAGAGGAGCAAAUGUUAAUGCGAAGAACGACCGUGGUCGAUUGCCGAUACACGAGGCUAUUUUAAGCAACAGACCUGAAGCCGUAGAGCCUUUCCUGGAACGCAUGGCCCAAGAAGAGCUCCCUGCUUUGGCGAAGGAAAUAGAGCGCUAUUUGGCACGAUCGGGUAAUAUCCAGAUCGUCGAUGCAUACAUUGCACGCUUGGGCAACAAUUUCACAGAACGUCACGCCUCGACAAAACUAAAAUUUGCGAUACGAACAGGACACGCAUUACUCGUGGCCACACUAUUGGAUGAUCCAGAAGUCGAUGGAAACCUCGGGGGUGUCUAUUCUGCCAUACAUCUAGCGGCUGCUGUCGGACGGACAAAAGUCAUGGAAGUCUUGCUCGGCUGCCAUCGCAUCGACAAAAGCCUGCCCAACAAAUGGGGCGAACAAGCAAUACACAUAGCUGCUUCGAAAGGACGCACAGCGAUCGUAGAGCAGUUGAUCCGCUAUCCGAGUGUUGAUAUAAACUCUCAAGACAAGGGCGAAGCAACACCUUUGCAUUAUGCAUGCUUUAAUGGACACUGGGAAACUGCUUCCUCACUUCUCGAACACUGGGAGUCGACUGACGCGGACCGAAGUCUCUCGCUUGAUGUUCCGCCAAUGAAUGCCCCAAUCACCAAAGAGACUGUGCUUCAGAGGUUUUUCAAACAUCCAGGGUUUAAAAAUCCAAAUUCAAAGGGACCAUAUUGGCCGAGAAGGACUCUUUUACAUAAGGCUGCUGAGAAGGGGGAUUGCGAUAUGAUGAGAGUUCUGCUAGGCAACAAGAAUAUCGACGUGAACUCAAAGGACGGAUUCACAAGGAGCCCACUGAUGGUGGCUGCUGAGAACGGCCAAGCAGAGGCAGUAAGAUUAUUUCUUCAGCAUAAGGACAUCGCUGUAAACCACAGAUCUACAACCUGUUGGUCUCAAUAUCAGACCGCAUUGGGUUAUGCAAAAUCUAAGAAACAUGAUGGUAUUGUCGACCUUCUCCUUUCCCAUGGAGCCAUAGACUACGAUGCCAACGUAUCGUCAACCGCAUCGACAACCGCACAUAUCGACAACCCGCAAAGCACCACGUUGCAAGCAGAACACGAAACGCAAUCUGGCCCAUUCGACAACUGCAUGGACGACGUACCAAACGAAGCCUGGGAAGAAUUUUUGGACAUGGAGGAUGAAAUGGACACAUAA